CGCGAUAGGUGAGACUAGGCUCUCCGGAAGUGAUUUUCCGGAAGAAGCAUGGCUGCUCCCUAGAUCUGGCCAGGCUUCGCCUUCUGAACCGCGGACGCCAUGCAGUCAGAUGAUGUUAUCUGGGAUACACUAGGAAACAAGCAGUUUUGUUCCUUUAAGAUUAGAACUAAGACUCAGAGUUUUUGCAGAAAUGAAUAUAGCCUGACUGGACUGUGUAAUCGGUCAUCUUGUCCCCUGGCAAACAGUCAGUAUGCCACUAUCAAAGAAGAGAAAGGACAGUGCUACUUGUAUAUGAAGGUUAUAGAGCGAGCAGCUUUUCCUAGGCGUCUCUGGGAACGGGUUCGGCUUCAUAAAAACUAUGAGAAAGCACUGGAGCAAAUAGAUGAAAAUCUAAUUUACUGGCCCCGUUUCAUUCGACACAAGUGUAAGCAGAGAUUCACCAAGAUCACCCAGUACCUAAUUCGAAUUAGAAAACUUACACUAAAGCGACAGAGGAAACUUGUUCCCUUGAGUAAGAAGGUGGAACGGAGGGAAAAAAGAAGAGAGGAAAAGGCAUUAAUAGCUGCUCAGCUGGAUAAUGCUAUUGAAAAGGAAUUGCUGGAGAGACUGAAACAAGAUACGUAUGGCGACAUCUACAACUUCCCCAUUCAUGCCUUCGACAAGGCCCUGGAACAGCAGGAGGCAGAGAGUGACUCUUCAGAUGCUGAGGAAAAAGAUGACGAAGAUGAAGAAGAUGUGGAGAAGAGAGAGUUUGUGGAAGAUGAUGAGGUGGAUGAGAGUGACAUAAGUGAUUUUGAGGAUAUGGAUAAACUGGAUGCCAGCAGUGAUGAAGAUCAGGAUGAUAAAUCCUCCAUCGAGGAAGAAGAAAAGGCCCUUGAUACCAGACAUAAAGGCAAAACACCCUUGAAAGGACCCUUGCGGAGAAAACGAGCCUAUGUGGAGAUAGAGUAUGAGCAGGAGACAGAGCCUGUGGCCAAGGCCAAAACAACGUGACUUUUCUUCGGACAUUUAUAAAUAGGACUGAACACUUUCAACAUCCUCCUUUCUUUUACCAUAAGCGUGCACACCUCCAGUUUUUGCUCUUUCAUAUGGUACUUAACACAAUAUUUGUGUUUUUAAUAUUUAUGCUACUUCUGUGGGGCACAAAAUCUGGGAGGGAGCGGAGGAAGCCUUAGUUGUGAACAGAGUAUUUUUAUAGUGUUGGCAUAUGCUUUGAAGUAACAGCUUGAGCCCAAGAAGCUUAACAGAUGAAUUUGUGGGUGUAAAUAUUUCUAAAUUUUAAAUGCUAUCCACCCGUUUCCUUGGCGUCCGCCCCCCACCCCCCCAACUUUAUUUAGAAAUGUCCAGACUUCAUUUUUUUUCUUGUUCUCUUUUCCCUACUUCUGUGGGAAUAAAAGAAGGACAAAGAA